UGUUAUGACGUCACUCACGUUAUGUGAUAUAAGAACGGUAACUGGUGCUCGCGACUCAGUAAUUGAACUGAAAACAGCGACAUUACAUCAGCUUUAUACCAUAAUGAUGAAAUCUACGAGUAAUACUCGUAGAGCUUGUGCGGGAUCAGAGACGACUGGUACAAGGCGAACAUUUGAGCCCAAGCAAGCAGUGAGGCAACAGACAUUAAUGAUACCAUGGAAAGCGCAAACCAUAAAAAUGACAAAACAGCAGCAACACUCGACGAAGCUAUGCUGCUUUCAGGGUUUGGGAUCUACAAUAUUCUACACAUGCUGAUGACUGGUCUGAUACUGAUGGGAAUGAUCAUGCACUGCUUAGUCCUGGGUUAUGUGAUACCAGCAGCACAAUGUGACCUGGAGCUCACAUCGCAACAAAAAGGAUGGCUGUCUGCACUGCCGUUUACAGCCAUAAUACUAACGUCGUAUUUCUGGGGAUGGUUAGCUGAUACCAAAGGCAGGAGAACAGCUAUGCUUGGAUCUAUGUUUCUGGCUGUUGUCAUAAGUGCAAUAUCUAGUUUUGCGCCCAACCUGACAUCGUUUGGUGUAUUACAAUUCGUUUCAGCUAUCUUUAUGACAGGUCCAUCUGCAGUAGUGUAUACUUUUCUUGGAGAGUUCCACAAUUUACGCCAUAGAGACAAGAUGGUCACUUUUGGAUCCGCCUUCAUUGGAAUCGGUACUGUAGUCCUACCAUGUCUGUCAUGGCUGAUUUUACCGCUAAACUUCUCCUACUACAUAGAGUAUUUGGACAUUUAUUACCGGCCCUGGAGAUUACUGGUUGUGGCCUGCACCAUCCCAUUUGCCCUUGCCACAGUUUUUCUCUUCUUCGCACCAGAAAGUCCUAAGUUUCUCUAUUCUAGUGGACGCCAUGAAGAGUGUUUGGAAGUGUUGAAGAUAAUCUACUCGGCGAACAACUUCAAACCUAAAGAUAGUUUCACUGUGAAGUCACUGAUUAUGGAGAAUCAAGUCACGAACUUGAACAAAGGGAAAGCAGGUAUAACCGGCGUGCUAGCUUCUAUGAAGGAACAAACUUUUCCAAUCUUCAAACCACCACUUCUUCCCUGGAUCUGUCUCACCUGCUUCGUUCAAUUUGGAAUAUUUUCUGCAACAAACGGCUUCUACAUUUGGUUCCCGACAAUUCUAAAUGCAUUGGGUAGCCAAGACAGUGUAAACAUGAAAAUUUGUGACGUCAUCGAGUUGACAAGAGCCAAAGCUGCAGCUGAUGCUUUAAACAGUACUACGAUCAUCUGUGACGACACAAUCUACACCUCAACAUUCGAGCGCUCCAUCUAUGUUGGACUCGUCUUCUGUUCCAUGUACCUUAUUGUAGCAGUUCUAGUUGAUUUUGUCGGCAAGAAAUAUAUCCUAGUCGUGACCUUGACCAUUACUGGUGUCUGUGCCAUCAGUGCCAACUUGGUGUACGACCAGCAAAUAGCUGUGGUACUGUUUGCCAUCUUCCAAAUGUCUGGUGCCUGUGUUGGGCUGACAAAUGCUGUUGCUGUUCAAUUGUUUCCUACAAAAUAUAGGGGUAUGGCGGUCUGUCUAUCAAUGAUGUCGGGACGUACCGGUUCUAUGGUUGGAUCAUAUCUGAUUGGUUUAUUCCUGGACAUAAAUUGUGGAGCUGGGUUUUAUCUGUUUGGAAGUCUACUUGUUGUGAAUGGCUUAACCUGUCUUACCCUCCCAAAUAUGAAGAAAGAAAAAGUUCCUAAAACAAUCACAAAUGAAACAAAAGAAACUCAAGAACCUUAGUCAGAAGAUAUUAUUGUCGGAGAUAAAAACAUGACAGAGGCGGUCAUUGAAAGAAAGAAAUGAGAAG